AACAAUAAUAAUAAGCUCAAGUAAUACAUACCGACUCACAAAGAAAGCACUGUUUCAGAAGCGUUUUGUUUCUCUCUGUCUCUUCUUUCCACUUUCUCUUUCUGCUACAACACGACGAUAAACUCCGAGCUGGCAAAGAUUCCCUCGUUGGCUUCCUUUCUUUCUUCUUUCUUUCUCUUACCCCAAAAAUUUUCCCGAGAAACGAUCACCACAAUCAUGUUUUUUCUGUUGUUCAUCUAAAUCGGUACUAAACCUGGGUCUUUUUUGUUUUUUUUUUUUUUUUUUUUAUUUUGGCAAAGUUAUGGGAUGUUCUAGUUCAAAGUUAGAUGAUCUUCCGGCAGUUGCUCUUUGUCGGGAAAGAUGUAGUUUUUUAGAUGAAGCGGUUCAACAACGUUUUGCUUUUGCUGAAGCCCAUGUUGCUUACACUGAAUCGUUGAAGUCAUUUGGUCAGUCUCUGAAUAAUUUCAUUGAGCAUGAUUUUGGAGUUUCUUCAGGGGCGGCGUUACCUCCUUCUCAUCCGUCUCCUAAUAAGCUAAAAAGUAAAGCUGUGGAUCCAGAUGAAGUUGGGUCAAGUUCACCCAAAAAAGGUGCUGUUUCUCACCUCCAUUCCCAUUCCAAUUCUGGGUCUCAUCUUCACUUCCGUUCUGAUUCAGAUGAAGAUGACUCUGGCGGGUCUUUGCACCAUUCAGAUCAUUCUUCUCCUUUGCACGACGAUGAUGGGGGUCAUAUUGGGUAUAUGAACCAAAAUUAUACCAAUUAUGGUGCUCUCGAAACUGGGUCUUUUCCAGGGUUUACGAAUAUGAAUUUUAUGAAAAAGCAACCAACGCCGUCUAUUGUUUAUGAACAAAGGCCUAUGAAUGCAGGGACAGUUUAUAUGGGUGAAUCUUCAUCUUCUUCUUAUUAUCCUUACUCUUAUGCGAGUAUUAAUAAUAAUCCUAGUUCUAGUUCAUACCCUUAUCCGAGUUACCAAAAUUACGGUGGUUUUAGUAAUUAUUCUUCUUAUUCGGCGCCUGGUUAUGAGUCUUCACUACAACCGUCGUCGAAGGCGGCGGGGUCAUCCUCGAAAUCGCCUCCGCUGCCACCUUCGCCUCCGAAAGCUUCAGCUUGGGAUUUCUUGAACUUUUUUGAGAGUUAUGAAAACAACUACCGUCCGUAUACGCCGAGUAGGGAUUUGAGGGAGGUGAGAGAAGCGGAAGGGAUCCCUGAUUUGGAAGAUGAGGAUUAUCAUCAUGAAGUGGUUAAAGAAGUGCACGGAGAUCAGAAAUUUGUUGAUAGCGGAGGUUAUUCGAAGUCCCCAGUUGAAGAUGAGAAUGGGAAAGUUGUUGGUAGUGAAGCAGGGGCUUCGCUUUAUCAGACGAGGCCGAGUGUUGGGAUGGAAAAUGAUGCGGUGGAAUAUGAGGUUCAUGUGGUGGAUAAGAAAGUUGUGGAUGAUGAGAAGGCUGAGGAGCGUGGUAACGGUUCACGAGGCGCUCCAAUGGAUGUUUUUGAGGUACUUAGAGAGAUAAAGGUUCAGUUUAUGAGAGCUUCAGAGGCAGGGAGUGAAAUUGCCAAGUUGCUUGAGGUGGGAACACUUCCUUAUCAGCGCAAACCUGUUUCCAAGAUGUUGCAUGUCGUUACACCUUCAUUAUCAGUAGUAUCAUCUCAGCCAUCUACUUCUAAGACUGCUGGGCCUUCAUCUUCAGCUGACAACACUGAUCCAGCUUUUAUAGACUUUGCUGAAGAAUUGGCCAGGAAACCGAAAAAUCUUUCCUCUACUUUGCAGAAGUUGUAUCUUUGGGAAAAGAAACUCUACAAUGACGUGAAGGCUGAGGAGAAGAUGCGGGUAGCUUAUGACAUGAAAUGCCGCAAGUUGAAGCGACUAGAUGAAAGGGGUGCUGAAGCCAACAAGGUUGAUUCAACCCGGAAUAUAAUAAGGAACCUAUCCACUAAGAUAAGAAUUGCAAUUCAAGUUGUUGACAAGAUAUCUGUAACAAUUAAUAAGAUCAGGGAUGAGGAACUAUGGCCACUGCUCAAUGAACUGAUUGAAGGGUUAAACAGAAUGUGGAAAUCUAUGCUUGAAUGCCAUCGUAAUCAGUGUCAGGUGAUUAGAGAAGCCAAAACUUUAGGUUCUAUUGGAUCUGGCAAAAAGCUCAGUGAUGAUCAUCUUAGGGCCACAUUGCAGCUUGAGCAUGAACUUAUAAGUUGGAUUAUAGGAUUCUCCAAUUGGAUAGGUGCCCAGAAGGGUUAUGUCAGGGCUUUGAAUAAUUGGCUUCUGAAAUGUCUUUACUAUGAACCUGAAGUGACAGAUGAUGGAAUAGUUCCCUUCUCACCUAGUAGGGUAGGUGCACCCCCCAUAUUUGUAAUAUGUAAUCAGUGGUCACAAGCAAUGGAUAGAAUAUCUGAAAGGGAGGUGGUUGACUCUAUGCGGAUUUUUGUCACGAGUGUCCUCCAGCUUUGGGAACAAGAUAAAUCAGAAAUGCACCGGAGAAUGAUGGGCAAUAAGGAUUUAGAGAGAAAGGCUAGGAGUUUGGAGAGAGAGGAUCAAAAGUUACAGAAAGAGAUCCAAGCAUUAGAUAAAAAAAUUGUUUUGGUCUCUGGAAAUGGUGAUAGUCUCUCAGUAGCUGGAAAUGUUGCGUAUCAGAGUGAGACUAGCAACAGCAGUUUGCAGGGGAGCUUGCAACGCAUCUUUGAGGCAAUGGAAAGGUUCACUUCUGAGUCCUCAAAAGCCUAUGAGGAGCUUUUGCAACGUGUUAAAGAAAGGAUUGCUCAAGAGCGCGAGAGAGUGUCAUAGGGCCAUAAAAUGAAUUGAAUUGUGGCAUCCCUUUGGAUUUGCAAUCUGUUGCCCGGUGAGAAAUAAAGCUAACUGGUGGUUAGACGGGUCCUGUAAUGCACAACUUGGCUGGUUGCUCUUCUGUCAGGGAAGACUUGGAGUCAAUCAGGUGAUGAGGGAAAUAAGAUAGGAGCAAGCCUUCCAUUGUUAAUGUUGAGGAGAUGAUUCAUCCUCUGCCUCUGAUCAAGAAUAAUUACAGAUGGGCUAUGAUGCAUAAGUGAAGAGAUCAGGAGGGGCAAGUAGCUGGUUGUUGCGGAUUGCAAAGCCUUCAACUGACAGUUUUCGAGCUUUGCCAAGAGCGUGGGAUAUUGGUUUUGCAUUUGCUCAUGUGGGGGUGGUUAGAAGUGAGAACUAUUCACGGUGUCCAAAAUCUCACUCAAAAGUGCAACUCAUAGCUUUCUACCAACUAGUUGGCAUCAUGCACCACUCUUUCAUUAAAAAAUAAAAAAAUUUGGCAUACUUUUGCGAACGAAAGCCGUCAAUGUGACCAAGCCAUCGGAGUAGGCAGAUUCUCCAUCAGUUUUGCAUGAUCAGGAGUUUUAAAUGUGGUUUUUGUGAGCAUUUUAGAGUGAUGCAAGUCACUGGAAUACCCACAACCAAAUGUUGUAAUGCCAUUUUCUUUUCCAUUGUGAAUUAAAUUACGUCAAUUUUGUAUAGAAGACAGUUCGACACCCUGCAAAUUGAAAGCAUUGUCAAUAAAGGAUGGUGUUAUGACAUGUCAAAAUGAAAUUUGUACCAUUGAAGAACUUUGCCUGCAUUAAACAUUAAAAGUGCCCUUUAACUAUUAUCUAGGUUUGCUUAUCAUUUGCUCAUACUGACUUUGUAG